GGCUCUUCGGUGCUGGGUCCUGUCCGGAGCCGCUGCCGUCUGCCUUCUAUUUUAUUUUUUGGGCUCCCGGUCUUCUUCCGCUUCUUCCCUCGCGCAUCGCGCUCGCCCGAUCCAAAUGCUCUCCAGAGUAACUCUCUAGGCCGCGCUCACCUCCUCCCUCCCCAUCUACUCUCCUCUUCGCCAAUAGAGUAAAGAAGGGGGGAGAGAGAGAGAGAGAGAGAGAGAGAGAGUAGAGAUCGAAUCGCGACCGCAAGAAGUUGAGGAUGAUCCUGCCGGUGGUGAAGCUGGGAACGCUGGCCUUGAAGACGCUCUGCAAGCCCAUCGCCAACCGUCUCAAGAAAGAGGCUGGCAUCCACCCUAAGUUCCGCCAGUUCAUCAUUAACUUUGCUCAGGCCAACCAUCGUGUCACCACAAACAUACAAAGACGCAUUUAUGGUCAUUCAACUGAUGUUGCCAUCCGGCCUUUGAAUGAGGAGAAAGCUGUUCAAGCUGCUGCUGACCUUAUUGGGGAACUCUUUGUCUUUUCGGUGGCUGGAGCUGCUUUAAUCUUUGAGGUGCAAAGAAGUGCAAGGUCGGAAGCUAGAAAGGAGGAAAUUCGCAAGCAGGAGAUUGAGGAACUGAAACAAAGAGAGGAGGAUCUAGCAAGAGAACUAGAGUUACUCAAGCAGAAGCUCAGUGAAAUAGAGCAACUUGCCAAGGGACGAGGCCUUUCAGGCAUUCUCAACUUCAGGCAUGGCCAUGCACUGGAAGAGAGCAAGUCAGCGGGAUCUGCUUGAUUAGUUUGAACAAGUUCAAGUUGGAUGAACUUAAACAGCCUGAGCACAAUGCUGUGUUGUUGGCUGUUAUUGAGUACUCAAUUCUUCUGUUCAGAGUUGGGUAUAUUUUUUCCACUAACCCUGUCGUUAUGGUUCUUUACACCAAUUUCCUUUUUGUUUGUAACUAUUGCUGAUUCAUUGACAAGUGCUGAUGCAUAUCUUUUACCCUUGUUGCCUCAUUGGUGACUACAGCAAUGUAAGAGGCGUUAAGCUUCAACUCAUAAAUCAAGAAUAAUCAAUAAAUAAAUAUGAAGGGAUAGGGAGUUGUAGAAGGAAUUUGUCAUAA